AUGAGCCUGCAGGGUAAGACGGGGAGGUAGCUGUGUUGAAAAGAAAAACGUUUUUAAAAGGCAGGAUUGCGACACUGCACAAUCACUUCAUUUGCUCACAGGUGACAUGAGCGGAGAAGGCAGUGCGUCUGCUUCACAUCAUGAGCCUCGACGCUCCGGGAGGAUGUCUGAAGGAGAUGUGAUGACGCUGCCGAGCAACUCGCAGGGUGACUUGUCCCGGCAUGAGCCUCGCGCUCUCACUCGGCUGCAUUGUCUCAAUGGGGGCUACCAGUUGAGGAUUAUGCCAGAUGGGAGUGUCUCUGGUGGUCUCCUGGGCAAUGACCCAUAUGACAUCUUGAGGAGGUGGGCCACAAAUGUGGGUGAAGUUGUGCUGAUGGGUGAGAAUACCAAGAAGUAUCUAGCCAUGAACAAGAAAGGACGCCUCUAUGGAACAUUGACGCUCAAUGAUGAGUGUUACUUCUUGGAGAAAUAUGAGGAGAACCACUACAACACAUAUCGGUCACGGAAUUACCAGUGGUUCGUGGCGCUCAAGAAGAACGGAAAACCCAAACUGGGCCCCAAGGCGGACCUGAGUCAGAAGUCCGUCUUCUUCCUGCCGAGGUCGGUGGAUGGGCAUCAUGCCGCCGGUGAAACCGAACCGCAGGAUCAGACAGACUUUUGUUUGAACCAUUACCACACCGAGUAAUCCAAGUGGACUCGUAACAGAUUUAAUUUUUUGAAUGUGAGGCACUGCACACAUGAUGAGGAAAAAUAAAUAAAGAAAUAAAUAAAUAAGUGAUGACCAACACAGCACAUUAUACACAUAAUGACAACUCGACAGAUAAUCCUGAGUCACGCAUUGGGGAGGAAUAAUUAUUCAGCACAUGCUACACCACAUCAUUAUCACUCA